AUGGAUAAAGAUAGAGGUUGGAUGUAUAAUACUUCUCACGUAAGUGCCGAGUACAUUGAAAAAGUGAAUGACUUUCUUGAUAAAGCAUUUGCAAAAGCAGCUAAAGGGAAUGAAAUAUAUAAUUAUUACAAAUGGGUUUUCCAUGGUGAGGAUUUACCAUCAAGAUUGAACGUCCAUAGCGAGAGUGAUGAUGAUGAUGCACGUACUCAUGAUGAUGUAGGCGGAUUACUACAUGAUAUUUUUAGAGGCACAAUAGAAGAGUUUUCAGAUAACGAUGAAGAAGGCAUAAAGGAAGACACAGAGGAAUUGACCGAGGAUGCUAAGAAAUUUUAUAAGUUAGUGGAAGAAGGCCAACAAGAGUUAUUCCCAGGAUGCAAAACUUUUUCCAAACUCUCUUUCAUAAUUCGAUUAUAUCUGCAUAAGUGCAUACAUGGACUAAGCAAUGAGGCAUUUGAUGAUUCUCUGACCUUGUGGAGGGAAGCAAUUCCAGACAUAAAGUUGCCAAAGUCUUUUUAUGAAGCCAAAAGGAUUGUCAAGGACUUCGGUCUCGAUUAUGAAAAAAUAUAUGCGUGCUCUAACGAUUGCAUGCUAUUCUAUGGAAAUCGGUGGAAGCCAAAGAAGGAUGAUGUAGCAAAUGACUCCAAUCAACUAACUAAAAAGGUGCAUAAUGUUCUAGUAAAGGUUUUGAGGUACUUUCCUUUAAAACCUAGAGUUCAAAGACUAUUUAUGUGUUCUCAAACUGCUAAAUCUAUGAGUUGGCAUUCUAAGGAGCGCAUCGAGGAUGGGAUUCUAAGGCAUCCAGCUGAUGGCAAAGCUUGGAAAGACUUUGAUGAAAAGCAUCCAGAGUUCGCAUUAGACCCUCGUAAUGUGAGAUUAGGGCUUGCUAGUGAUGGAUUUAACCCCUUUCGAACAAUGAGUAUUGCGCAUAGUACAUGGCCAGUUAUCUUAAUCAACUAUAAUUUACCACCAUGGAUGUGCUUGAAGGCAGAAUAUUUCAUGCUAUCUCUACUUAUUCCUGGUCCUCAAUCCCCUGGCAACAACAUUGACAUAUACUUGAAGCCACUGAUUGAUGAAUUGAAAGAGUUGUGGGAAGUUGGAUUGCUUACAUAUGAUGCUUCUAUCAAACAAUCAUUUAAAUUGUGUGUAGCUUUGCUUUGGACAGUUAGUGACUUUCUAGGAUACGCAAUGUUGUCCGGAUGGAGUACUAAAGGCAUGUUGGCUUGUCCUUAUUGCAAUUAUAAUACAUGCUCUAAGUAUUUAAAAUAUAGCAAGAAGAUGUGUUAUAUGGGUCAUCGCAGAUUUUUAAAAGAUGACCACCCAUGGCGAUUUAAUAAAAGAUCGUUUAAUGGUGACAUUGAGCUUCAAAGAGAACCGAUAUCAUUGUCUGGGACUAAAAUUAUAGAUGAAUUAUCUGAUUUUUUCAAUAAAUUUGGAAAAAAGCAAAAGAAAAAAGCAAAUAGAAAUUGUCCGUGGAAGAAAAGAUGUCGUCACAUGCUAGAUUUAAUGCAUAUUGAGAAGAAUGUUUGUGACAAUAUUGUUGGCACAUUGUUAGACAUUCCAGGAAAGACGAAGGAUCAUGUUAAAGCUUGCUUUGACUUACAACAAAUGGGCAUAAGACGAGAUCUUCAUCCUGUGCAGUCGGCUGAUGGUCGUCGUGUUAUAUUUGCAAAAGCUUGCUUUUCCAUGACAUCACAAGAAAAGGAAAUGUUUUGCAAAGUGUUGGCGGAUGCAAAAGUGCCUCAUGGUUGUGCAUCAAAUAUCUCAAGAUGUGUAAAUGUGAGGGAGAAGAAAAUAUCUGGGUAUAAGACUCAUGAUGCGUAUUUUCUCAUGCAAUAUUUACUUCAAGUUGCAUUAAGAAGAAGUUUACCUAGGAGGGUUGCUAUUCCUCUCAUCAGAUUAGGUGCUUUCUUCAAGGGUUUAUGCAGCAAAGUUAUCAAGCCAGUUGAACUUAAAUCCUUGCAGUCUGAGAUCUCUGAGAUCGUAGAGAUACUUUGUCAACUUGAGAAAAUAUUUCCACCAAGUUUCUUUGACAUCAUGGAGAUACUUUGUCAACUUGAGAAAAUAUUUCCACCAAGUUUCUUUGACAUCAUGGUUCAUCUUCCUGUUCGUUUAGUUCAACAAAUUUUGGAUUGUGGGCUAGUCAACUACUUCUGGAUGUACCCAACUGAGAGAUAUCUUUGUAGAUUAAAGUCAUAUGUGCGUAAUAGAAGUGCUCCUAAAGGAUCCAUACCAGAAGGAUAUUUAGCUGAAGAGUCCCUAACUUUUUGCUCAUUAUAUAUGCAUGAUGGUGUCAAGACAUGA